UCAUGCCCAUUGUUUUGGUGCGCCCAACCAAUCGGACUCGCCGCCUGGAUUCUACCGGAGCCGGCAUGGGCCCUUCCUCGCACCAGCAGCAGGAGUCCCCGCUCCCGACCAUAACGCAUUGCGCAGGGUGCACCACCGCCUGGUCUCCCUGCAGCUUUAACAGCCCUGACAUGGAAACCCCAUUGCAGUUCCAGCGCGGCUUCUUCCCAGAGCAGCCGCCGCCACCGCCGCGCUCCUCACACCUGCAUUGCCAGCAGCAGCAACAGAGCCAGGACAAGCCGUGCGCGCCCUUCGCGCCCCUCCCGCACCCUCACCACCACCCGCACCUCGCACACCAGCAGCCGGGCAGCGGUGGCAGCAGCCCAUGCCUCCGGUGCAACAGCUGCGCCUCCUCCGGUGCCCCAGCGGCGGGGGCGGGGGCGGGGGAUAACCUGUCCCUGCUGCUCCGCACCUCCUCGCCCGGCGGCGCCUUCCGGACCCGCACCUCCUCGCCGCUGUCGGGCUCUUCGUGCUGCUGCUGCUGCUCGUCGCGCCGGGGCAGCCAGCUCAAUGUGAGCGAGCUGACGCCGUCCAGCCAUGCCAGUGCGCUCCGGCAGCAGUACGCGCAGCAGCCCGCGUCCGCCUCCCAGUACCACCAGUGCCACAGCCUGCAGCCCGCCGCCAGCCCCACAGGCAGCCUGGGCAGCCUGGGCUCCGGGCCCCCGCUCUCGCACCACCACCACCACCCGCACCCGGCGCACCACCAGCAUCACCAACCCCAGGCGCGCCGCGAGAGCAACCCCUUCACCGAAAUAGCCAUGAGCAGCUGCAGGUACAACGGGGGCGUCAUGCGUCCGCUCAGCAACUUGAGCUCGUCCCGCCGGAACCUGCACGAGAUGGACUCCGAGGCUCAGCCCCUGCAGCCCCCCGCGUCCGUCGUAGGAGGAGGUGGUGGCGCGUCCUCCCCGUCUGCUGCCGCCGCCGCCUCUUCCUCAGCCCCGGAGAUCGUGGUGUCUAAGCCGGAGCACAACAAUUCCAACAACCUGGCGCUCUACGGAACCGGCGGCGGAGGCAGCACCGGAGGCGGCGGCGGCGGCGGCGGCGGAGGCAGCGGGCAUGGCAGCAGCAGCGGCACCAAGUCCAGCAAGAAGAAGAACCAGAACAUCGGCUACAAGCUGGGCCACCGGCGCGCCCUGUUUGAGAAGCGCAAGCGGCUCAGCGACUACGCGCUCAUCUUCGGCAUGUUCGGCAUCGUGGUCAUGGUCAUCGAGACCGAGCUGUCGUGGGGCGCCUACGACAAGGCGUCGCUGUAUUCCUUAGCUCUGAAAUGCCUUAUCAGUCUCUCCACGAUCAUCCUGCUCGGUCUGAUCAUCGUGUACCACGCCAGGGAAAUACAGUUAUUCAUGGUGGACAAUGGAGCAGAUGACUGGAGAAUAGCCAUGACUUAUGAGCGUAUUUUCUUCAUCUGCUUGGAAAUACUGGUGUGUGCUAUUCAUCCCAUACCUGGGAAUUACACGUUCACAUGGACGGCCCGGCUUGCCUUCUCCUAUGCCCCCUCCACAACCACCGCUGAUGUGGAUAUUAUUUUAUCUAUACCAAUGUUCUUAAGACUCUAUCUGAUUGCCAGAGUCAUGCUUUUACACAGCAAACUUUUCACCGAUGCCUCCUCUAGAAGCAUUGGGGCACUUAAUAAGAUAAACUUCAAUACGCGUUUUGUUAUGAAGACUUUAAUGACUAUCUGCCCAGGAACUGUACUCUUGGUUUUUAGUAUCUCAUUAUGGAUAAUUGCCGCAUGGACUGUCCGAGCUUGUGAAAGGUACCAUGACCAACAGGAUGUUACUAGCAACUUCCUUGGAGCAAUGUGGUUGAUAUCAAUAACUUUUCUCUCCAUUGGUUAUGGUGACAUGGUACCUAACACAUACUGUGGGAAAGGAGUCUGCUUGCUUACUGGAAUCAUGGGUGCAGGUUGCACAGCCCUGGUGGUAGCCGUCGUGGCAAGAAAGCUAGAACUUACCAAAGCAGAAAAGCAUGUGCACAAUUUCAUGAUGGAUACUCAGCUGACCAAAAGAGUGAAAAACGCAGCCGCCAAUGUACUCAGGGAAACGUGGUUAAUCUACAAAAACACAAAGCUAGUGAAAAAGAUCGACCACGCAAAAGUAAGAAAGCAUCAGCGGAAAUUCUUGCAAGCUAUUCAUCAAUUAAGAAGUGUGAAGAUGGAACAGAGGAAACUAAAUGAUCAAGCAAAUACCCUAGUGGAUCUGGCAAAGACCCAGAACAUCAUGUAUGACAUGAUUUCCGACUUAAAUGAAAGGAGUGAAGACUUUGAGAAAAGGAUCGUCACCCUGGAAACAAAAUUAGAGACUUUGAUUGGCAGCAUUCAUGCCCUCCCUGGGCUCAUCAGCCAGACCAUCCGACAGCAGCAGAGGGACUUCAUUGAGGCUCAGAUGGAGAACUACGACAAGCAUGUCACCUAUAAUGCUGAGCGCUCCCGGUCCUCGUCCAGGAGGAGGAGGUCCUCCUCCACAGCGCCACCAACUUCAUCAGAGAGUAGCUAGAAGAGAAUAAGUUAACCACAAAAUAAGACUUUUUGCCAUCAUAUGGUCAAUAUUUUAGCUUUUAUUGUAAAGCCCCUAUGGUUCUAAUCAGCGUUAUCCGGGUUCUGAUGUCAGAAUCUUGGGAACCUGAACACUAAGUUUUAGGCCAAAAUAUGAGUGAAAACUCUUUUUUUUUCUUUCAGAUGCACAGGGAAUGCACCAAUUAUUGCUAUAUAGAUUGUUCCUCCUGUAAUUUCACUAACUUUUUAUUCAUGCACUUCAAACAAACUUUACUACUACAUUAUAUGAUAUAUAAUAAAAAAGUUAAUUUCUGCA